AUGGCUACUGCUUCCGUCAAAAGAAGCGCAAGUACGGACAGUAAAAGGUCACACUCGGGGCACCGCUAUGAAAAAGUUGCUGCCAAACUCCGAGAUCCUCGUUUGCAGCGAGAACGAUGUAGUCCGGGUGCUUCACAACUUCGGCCUCCUACCCGACCUAUUUUGCAGUACCAUCAACGGACACCCACCGCAAUGAAAACACCAAUCCCAUGUUUUCCACCUCCGUCGCCGCCUGUUGAUAUUUACGUCGCUCCGACCAUGGAACGAACGCUUUCCGGACAUUCGAUAGUCUCGGAUCACAAUAUUUCAAUGCCUCCUCCUGUUAUCCACGACCACACAAUAUUGAGUGACGAUCAAGCUGCGAAUCUCAUCGAACAUCACUUUCGAUACGACCCACCUCCAGAUCAUUAUUACUUGGAGGUCGAACUCCAAAAUCUUCUCCUCAAAGCUCAUUUAUCCGAUCGUGCAAUAGACCGUAUCAUCUACCUAGUCGAUACAAUAUUUUUCCACAAUUCACUCCACAACCGCGUCCGUCUCUCUUGUUCAUUGUUAUUUAUUUGUAAAAUGUGGGCUGGGGAAGCUAAACAGAUGGGGGGUCACACGGACGGGUUUCAUCGUGUCGUAGGAGUUAUCGAUGCGUGGGUGGAGAGGUGGAUCGGAAGAGAUUGGCUGAGAUUGUGUAGUAUGAGGGCGAAUUUGGAAUUUUUUAGAGUGCACACGGAGGUUUGCGUACCGCUAAGUCGGGGAGUAGGCGAGGAGCGGAGAACGAGCGCAUGGGAAGAUAAUGGGAAUGGGAAUGGAAAUGGGGAGGUGAGAGAGAGGGAGAGAUCGUGGGGAAUACAUCACCAUGGACAUCAUCGCCAUUCGGGAUGCGGACAGAGUCCUGGACCGGGAACGGAACGCGCCUUGAGGUUUUCGCGUGAUUUUAUCCCAUAUGUUGGUGAUGAGGAGGGAUUUCGAUAA